GGGGGCGGGGAUUAAGCGUGGUCCUGGUUUCCGCUUCUAAACAAGGCCCAUUCGGAAGUUGAAGCUCUCACCAUAAACUUGCAAUUAUGGCCAAUUUGGGUUCGAGCAGCCAGGCAGUGACGGAAUACACAGUCCGUGUCCCCAAGAACAACACCAAGAAACACAACAUCAUGGCCUUCAAUGCUGCUGAUAAGAUAGAUUUCUCGACAUGGACUCAGGCUAAAAUGGAGCGUGACCUGAGUAACAAGAAGAUUUACCAGGAGGAGGAACAGCCGAUGUUCGGUGCAGGCAGUGAGUUUGGCAAAAAGCUCCGUGAGGAGUCAAGAAAGAAGAAGUUUGGAAUUGUUACACGCGAGUUUAAACCCGAGGACCAGCCCUGGCUGCUGAGAGUGAAUGGGAAAGCGGGUCGGAAGUUCAAAGGUCAGAGGAAAGGUGGGGUCACUGAAAAUGCUUCCUACUACAUCUUCACACAGUGUCCUGAUGGAGCGUUUGAAGCCUUCCCUGUUAAUGCCUGGUACAACUUUAUCCCUGUCGCGAAACACAAGACUCUGACAGCAGAGGAAGCCGAGGAGGAGUGGGGAAGGCGCAACAAGGUGGUGAACCAUUUCAGUAUCAUGCUGCAGAAAAGGUUAAAGGAUCAGGACCGGGAUGAUGGAGAGGAGGAGGAAGAGAAGGGAAAGAAAGGGAAAGAAAGGAAGCGAAAAGGCAAUGACCUCCGCAUCCACGACCUGGAAGAUGACCUGGAAGUGAGCUCUGAGGAGAAUGAGGAGGACAGUGAUGAGGACAGAGACACCAAGAAAGACCCCAAAGCCCCAAAGAAAGGGCCAGCUGGAGCCAAGAGGAAGAAGAGGAAGGGUUCUGACGAUGAGGCUGUGGAGGAUAGUGAUGAUGGAGAUUUCGAAGGGCAGGAAGUGGAUUAUAUCUCGGAUGAUGAAUCGAGUGACAAUAAUGAUGACGAGCUGGAUAAAGGGAAAGCCGAUAAAGGGGAGGAUGUACCGAAAGGCGUUGAUGAGACUGUUGGAUCUGAGAGCAGUGAGGAGAGUGAAGAGGAAAAACAAAAUGAAGAGAAAGAUGAGGAAGAUGACGACAAGAAAUCUGCAGCCCCUGAAAAGAGAGAAAAGAAAAACAAAGACAGCAGCGAGGAAUCGGAAUCCUCGGAUGAAAGUGACAUCGAGUCUGAAGCAGCCUCAGCGCUUUUCAUGUCGAAGAAGAAAACGCCCCCAAAGAAAGAUUGGAGAGGAUCAAAUACCAGUUCCUGUGGGAACAGUCGCCCGGGAACACCCACCCCACAGAUCAGCACCUCGUCCACACUCAAGGCAGCUGCCAACAAACUGGAGCAAGGGAAGCGGCAGGGUAACUCUGCAGAAACUCCGGUGGCCAAGCGGCUGAAGAUGGAUACGGGGCCCCAGUCUGCCUCUGGCAAAUCCACCCCACAACCCCAAUCCGGCAAAUCCACCCCAAGCAGCGGUGAUAUCCAGUUAACAGAGGAUGCAGUUCGACGGUAUCUCACCCGAAAACCCAUGACCACCAAGGACCUGCUGAAGAAGUUUCAAACCAAGAAGACAGGGCUCAGCAGUGAGCAGACAGUCAAUGUCCUGGCACAGAUCCUGAAAAAACUCAAUCCUGAGCGGAAGAUGAUUAAUGAGAAGAUGCACUUCUUCCUGAAGGAAGGGAACUGACAGUGGCCCAGUCUGUGUGUGUAUGUAGCUUUUGAUUUUGUUCCUGUAUAUAAUGGAUUGACCUCUUGCUGUCAUUUUGUACAAUAUGGUAAUUGUUAUGGUCUGCACUCAGCCUUGUCCUUUCUUCCCUCCUGAGCCCUGGCUUUCAGUCCAACCCUGACUGAAGGGAUGAAGGACAAGGGUUUUUUUUGUGAGAGUUAGGUUCAACCCACAGCACAGGCAAACCUUAAACUGGAUCAAAAUCAGUCUCAUUAUGGAGGGCCCUGAUGUAGCAGAUACUCCUUUGUGGGUGCUGCUUGUUGUUGGAGCCUUACCGUGGGACCUGAGCCAUUCAGGACCUGCUCUAGGAAAUCCCUCCUGUCAAACAGGCAUCAAUACGCACAGCAGCUUCACUGGGACAGCCUGACUUCAUAUUACACGCGUGACCAGAGUGGCUCACCAGACAUAACCAACAGAGAAGCUCCUGGGUAGAACGUGACUGUACAAUUCACACAGAGUCUAGGAGUACAAUAUCUCCUGUGACGGGACAGUUUGUAUGGAUUGGGUACCAAGCCUUUAAGUACAGAACUGACUGUAGCAAAAGCCUUUCCACCUGCUGACAACUUUGAAGCACCAGUCAUAGCCGGGGAUGGGGUGGGGGGAGGUGGGGAGGCGCGGGCAGCAAUGUUUAGGAGAAGUAUCUAUGUGGGGGAAGGAUAAAGACUCCGUACAAACACACAUCAACUCCAGUGGAUUACUACACACCAGGUAUGACUGAAGCCUGGGGGCUGGAUUGUGGGGCAGAGGGUUGUUGGAGAUUUGGUUCAGGAUAAGGUGGGAGUGGGUUUGUCAGUGCAAGACCAAAAUGAGCAGAAUUUCUCCUAUCGCUGGGCUGGAGAGCUCAGUAAAACCAAAAAUGUAAGUGAGGUGGAAUGUGCUGUAACGUUCCUCUGUGUUGGUUCUGUCAAAUGUUAAACUUGUUCAGUAUCUGUAUUUGUUGUGCAAUGAAAUCACAUGUAAUGGUUCAGGCUCAAUACCUUAUCCAAUAAAACGCUGCGAGUUUU